AUGCCUGCAGUGACAUCCACGAUUACCACAGCCAGGCUGAAGAACGAGGCGAAGAUUGCUCGGCUGCGGACCGAUGGGGAAGGGGAAGCUAGGGAAGGAGAGGUGAAGAGCAAGGUGGUCGAGGGAAAGGCACAGGUGCAGGUGGGCAUCGAGAAGCAGGAGACGCUGGAAACCAAGGAGCACGAUUUCUUCUGGACAUAUACGGAGGAGCCGCACCGGACGAGGCGGAUGGCUAUCAUCAAGGCGCAUCCCGAGGUCACCAAACUUUGCGGGCCCGAGCCCCUGACCAAGUACACUGUCCUCCUCGUCGUCGCCGUCCAGGUCCUGGCGGCGUACUGGCUCCGCGACGCGGCCUUCUUCAGCUGGAGGUUCUUCCUGACAGCGUAUUUGGUGGGUGCGACGGCGAACCAGAACCUGUUCCUGGCUAUCCAUGAGAUUAGCCAUAACCUUGCCUUCAGGAGUCCGAGAUUGAACAGGGCGUUGGCAGUGUUUGCGAAUCUGCCGAUUGGGGUGCCCUACAGCGCUAGUUUUAGGCCCUACCACCUCACCCAUCACAAAUCCCUCGGCGUCGACGGCCUCGAUACCGAUCUCCCUACGGCUUUGGAAGCCGUCUUUCUCGACUCCAUCCUCGGAAAAGCCUUCUUCUGUACCUUCCAGAUCCUCUUUUACGCCAUCCGUCCCGUCUUCGUCUACGCCGUUCCCUUCACCACCAUCCACAUCCUCAACAUCGCCGCUCAGCUCGCUUUCGACUACGUCCUCGUCAAGACCUGCUCUGCGCACUCGCUGUACUACCUGAUCUUCUCCUCCUUCCUGGCUGGCUCGCUCCACCCCUGCGCGGGCCACUUUAUCGCCGAACACUAUGUUUUCGAGCGGCAACCUACUGCCGCCAAAGACCCGCUUACAAACACGCCUGUCCCAGAGACAUUCUCAUACUAUGGAGCAUUAAACAUGCUGACGUAUAAUGUGGGCCUACACAAUGAGCACCACGAUUUCCCAGCCGUGCCGUGGACGCGGCUCCCGGUGCUCCACGAGAUAGCGAAGGAGUUUUACGCGGACCUGCCACGGCACGAGAGCUGGGUGGGCGUCAUUUGGCAGUUCGUCUGGGAUCGGGAGGUCGGCAUGACUUGUAGGGUUAAGAGGAAGGACGGUGGCCGGAAGGUGGGCGGGUGGACGCAGCAGGAGAUGGAGAGUUGA